UCAAUGGCAAGUCAAGCAACCCGCCCACACACCAAAUCCAAGCAAGGAGCAGUAGCAGUCAGCUAACUGCCCGCCGAUCACUUCUCUCUCCCGCCAGCUCCAUUCAAUUCUUGCGGCUUCGUUGCAAUGGCGGCCGUGAACAAGUCCGUCGAGCGGCUGGCGCAGCGCCUGGUGGCCCCGGCCGAGCCCACGCCGGUCGGCCCGCUCCGCCUGUCCUGGCUUGAUCGGUACCCCACCCAGAUGGCGCUCAUCGAGUCGCUGCACGUCUUCAAGCCGGCUCCUGACGGCGGCAACGACGCUGGCCCGGCAAGGACCAUCGAGCGGGCUAUGGCGCAGGCCCUGGUGCAGUACUACCCGCUCGCGGGACGCCUGGGGUUCACGGAGGAAGGUGGGCUGCUGCAGGUCGACUGCGGCGGCGACGGCAGCGGCGUCUGGUUCACGGAGGCCGCGGGCUCCUGCGCGCUCGAGGACGUGGAGUACCUGGAGCACCCCAUGAUGAUCGCCAAGGACGAGUUGCUCCCGCCCACGCCCGCCGAAGAGGAGGACGAGCGCAGGCUCGUCUUGCUCGUCCAGGUCACCACCUUCGCGUGCGGCGGCUUCGUCGUCGGCUUCCGCUUCAGCCACGCCGUCUCCGACGGCCCCGGCGCCGCGCAGUUCAUGGCUGCCGUUGGCGAGCUCGCCCGCAGCAGCACAGUAGAAAGCCUGGCGGUGGAGCCGCAGUGGGGCCGUGAGGCCAUCCCGGACCCGGCCGGCGCCGUCGUCGGCAGCCUGCCGAGCCCCGCGGGCGCCAAGAGUCUCGAGUACCUCGCCAUGGACAUCUCGGCGGACUACAUUGGACACUUCAAGUCCCAGUACAACACGGAGCACGCCGGCUCCUGGUGCUCGGCGUUUGAGGUGCUGGUAGCCAAGGCCUGGCAGAGCCGAACCCGCGCCGCGGGUUUCGAGCCGGACUCCACCGUCCACCUCUGCUUCGCCAUGAACGCCCGGCCGCUCCUGCACGCCUCGCUUCCGCGCGCCGGCGCCGGGUUCUACGGCAACUGCUACUACAUCAUGCGCGUCUCGGCGCCCGCGGGCAAGGUGUCCGGCUCCUCCAUCCCGGACGUGGUGAAGAUCAUCAAGGACGGGAAGAGGCGGAUGCCGUCGGAGUUCGCGCGGUGGGCGACCGGGGAGGCCGGGACGGACGGCGGCGAGGACCCUUACCAGAUCACGUCGGACUACCGGACGCUGCUUGUGUCGGACUGGACGCGGCUCGGGUUCGCCGAGGUGGACUACGGCUGGGGCCCGCCGGCACACGUCGUGCCCCUGACGAACCUGGACUACAUUGCGACGUGCAUCCUGGUGAAGCCGUGGGCGCACAAGCCAGGGGCACGGCUCAUCACCCAGUGUGUGACGCCCGACCGUGUCGCCGCCUUCCAUCAGGGAAUGCUCGACAUGAACUGACCGGAGCUGACGGGAGCGGAAGAAGUGGCAUUACUCGUCAUUAUAUAUAUAUAUAUUUACUAUAUGCUUGCAUUGGAUUGGUUGAUGGGAUGGAUUGAUUCAUGGUGUGUAGUCUCACUGAAAAUGAGCUUUGAUCCUGACUUUGAGGAGUUGAUCAGGACUUGUACAACGCAAGGUGCUCAAUAAAAUGAACCAAUUUUUCUUAAGUAUCAUGUGCUUAUCUUCA